GACCGGGGCAUCGUCCUGACCGCCGUCCGGCAGCGUGGCGCAGCGCUCCGCUAUGCGUCCGAGGAGCUCCGGGCAGACCGGGAGAUCGUUCUCGCCGCUGCGCGCCAGAGCAAGCGCUCCCUCAUGUACGCGGCAGACGUCUUGAAGAAGGACGCUGCCUUCAUCCAAGAAGUUUCCACCCAG